AUGUCGACGUUCAAUGUGGCCAAAAAAUCCCUUAACCUCGCCCCCACCGUGCGCACUCUCCCUAGCGGUGUGCCCCACGCUUCCCGUCUCAACCUCGCUGCUCGUGCUCCGGCCGGAGACCACCAUGGCCAUGACCACUCUGGUGCUCGCUCCGACGUCCCCAGACGCCUGACUGGUGCCUACAGGAGCCCUUCGGCAGGCCUUGUCUCGAAGACAUUCUCCACCGCACCUCCGACGACCAACCUGCGCCUUCUGCACACCUCGGCUGUCGCACGGGAAGCCCCCGAGGUUCCCGACUUUUCGGACUACGAAGCCAAGUCUAGCAGCACUAACCGUGCCCUUUCAUACGUUAUAGUCGGCUCAAUGGGUGUCCUCUCUGCCUCCGUCGCAAAAUCGGCUGUAACCGGUUUCCUCGAGACGAUGGCCGCCUCUGCCGAUGUCCUCGCUCUUGCUAAGACGGAAGUUGAACUCGCCUCCAUUCCAGAGGGCAAGAACGUCAUUAUCAAGUGGCGCGGCAAACCCGUUUUUAUCCGUCACCGUACCCAGGGCGAAAUCGAGGAGGCCCGGAACGUCAACUGGAAGACUUUCCGUGACCCCCAGAGCGACGAGGAUCGCGUGAAGAAACCCGAGUGGUUAGUCAUGGUUGGUGUCUGCACCCAUCUUGGUUGCGUGCCAAUUGGCGAGUCUGGUGACUAUGGAGGAUGGUUCUGCCCCUGUCAUGGUUCUCACUACGAUAUCUCCGGACGCGCUCGCAAGGGCCCAGCUCCUCUUAACCUUGAAAUCCCCCCGUAUGACUUCAACGACGUCGACGGCAACCUCAUUGUUGGGUAG